CUGAUCCCCAAUCCCUCCACCAACCUAAUAAUCCAUCUCCCUAUACACAACACCCACCCCGCCACCACCAACAUGUACAACCCGAAAAUCGGCGACCCCCUCUCCGCCCUCGACACCCCGUCCAUGAUCGUCGACCUGGACCUCAUGGAAUCCAACAUCCACAAACUCUUCUCCACCCUCCUGCCCACAGGGCGCAACAUCCGACCCCACCUCAAAACCACCAAGAGCGCCGCCCUCGCCCGCAAGCUCGUGGCCGCCGGCGCCAAGGGCUGCUGCGUGGCCAAGGUCUCCGAAGCGGAAGCGAUCACCGCCGCCGGCUUCGACGACAUCCUGAUCACGUGCGAGAUCAUCGGGGCUCCCAAGGUCCAGCGGCUGGUGGAAUUGGUGCAAAAGCACCCGGGGAUCCGGAUCGUGGUGGACAGCGCGGCGGGGGCGACGGCCAUCGAUGCGGCGCUCGGCAAAGCCGGGGGGAAAACGCCGUUGGCGGUGCUGAUCGAUCUGGAUGUCGGGCUGCAUCGCACGGGGGUGGCGGAUACGGCUGCUGCGUUGGCGCUGGCGAGGCAUAUUGCGGACAAUCUCCAGAAUUUGAGCCUGAUCGGCGUGCAGGGGUAUGAGGGCCACUUGCAGCAUUUGCACAGUCGGGAGGAGAGGAAGAGGGAGUGUCUGGCCUCGAUGGCUAUCUUGACGGGUACGGCGGAGGCGCUGCGCAAGGAAGGAUUCAAUAUUGAGGUGGUCACGACGGGGGGCACGGGUACCGCGGAGUUCUGUGCCUCGGUGCCGGGGGUCACGGAGUUGCAGCCGGGGUCGUUUAUCUUCAUGGAUACGGACUACCGCAACGCGGUGGGCGGGUUCUAUGCCAAUAGUUUGACGAUCUUGUCGACGGUGAUCAGUCGGCAGGGGGAGAGGCAGGUCACUAUCGAUGCCGGGUUGAAGUCGUUGACGACCGAUAGUGGGCUGGCGGAGUGCAAGGAUGCGAAAUACGUCCACCUGAAUCUCGGGGAUGAGCACGGGGCGUUGAGCUGGGAGGCAGGCACCACCGAUUUGCAGAUUGGCGAUCGGGUGGAGAUGGUUCCCAGUCAUAUUGAUCCGACUAUCAAUUUGCAUGAUUUCUACUAUGCGCACCGCAAUGGGGUUAUUGAGGAGAUCUGGUCGGUGGAUUCGAGGGGUAAGGUGCAGUAGAG